CUUGUUCAUAUAUUUUUUGGCCAACGUUCACCGUCAACGUCAACAUUGUUCCCAUUGAGAUAAUUAAACUGAUAUACUAAUUUUUGAAUUUGCUGAAUGUUUCUUGUUGCGGGGUCGCGAGUAUCUGUAGGCUUUGAUUUUAUGAAAAAUGGAGUCGCGGAAAAAAGUUUGGGAAUCACUGUCUGGUAACCGGACGAGCCAUAUAAUCAAGCCGUCCUAUCGGUUUUCCUCUCCCCCGGAUAAAUAUGUGAAUCCUAUCCUAGGAGAAGCGCUAAAGUAAACAGUUUUCAUAUUGUGCCUGAUCAUAUUAAUCAGCAUAAUUUAUCCUGUUUGCACGUAUUGAGGAUAUCCUUAUCACUAGAUGUCGCUCGCCAUCUAAAUGAAAAAAUCACAGUGGUUCUACUCACUUGUCUAGUUCCGGUUGCUAAUUAAUAUGUUGUUAUUUUCAUGAUUGUGUAUUUUGAAUUAUUAUAAUUGUUUGUCUCAUAUAAUCGUUUCUUUGCUUUAUCAGGUGUUUGAAUUCACCAACAGGGUGUCGCUGAGUCUUUCGCGAGCACUCCGCUUUCCGUUUUGCUAGUUUUUUUAAUAUACGGGGUGUCCGUAAAGUACCUUUACAAUUCAAUUUGGUACAAAGUAAGUUGCCAAUACAUCUUAACCAGGUUUGUUGUAUUUUAAUCAGUAAUUGUUCAAGUAUUCGAUACAUCUGUAAGGCCAAAACAAUAUAUGGUAUCAAUAAAUUCCCUUUACUAGUUCAUAAAAAAAAAAUUAGAACGUAUGGACACCCGUUCUGUCUUUAUUGCCUGACAUUGAUUCUUGCACGAUUUUAAUGAUUGACAAUAGAAAUACAAGUACCCUGACUUGACAGAUGUCCUUCUACGAAUAAUCCAGUCGAUCUUUGCAAGGCAUCCGAAAUAGUUUAUGAAUGCAUCGUAAGGAUCCAAAUCGUGUCCGGAUGGAGAAAUUUGUUGCGUAGGAUCAAAUGAAUGUUUUCCAACAGGCUGUAAAAACGCCAUCGAUCUGAAAACAUGAAAUGAUCAGCGGAAACUCUGCAUGAACGAUGAUUCUAUUGACGGCUUUACAUGCCAAUGCCCACUGGGAUACAGCGGAUUGAUGUGUGCCAACCAAUUGCCGGUUUUGAUGCGAAAUGUUCAUUUCCCGAAGUUUCUGGAGAUACUUGUGAUGAGUUUGAAACCACCCCGACCUGUACAAAAGCUGACGAUUGUGAAGACGAUGAAGUAUGCUGUUCAACAGGUUGUGGAACGGAUUGUGUGAAACUUUCAAAUAAGAAACCACCACGAAAGAUUUCAAAAUUCGCUCUCACUGCACUCCUACUGAGUUUAACAAAUCGUCCCAACCAAACUGUACUAAGAGCACCAUUUGUACAAGUACCACCAGCCGUGCCAGCGGUAAAUUUGCUCCAGCAUUUACAGGUGCAGCAUGUGGUUACGGAGAAGCUCUAAUUCAUGGAUGUCCAGAUGUAUGUCAAGGUGCUCGCUGCGUGAAUAAUGGGUCUGCAAUUUGUAGAGUUCACCCAUGCAAUGGGUGCACGACAAGGUGGUACAAUCGCCAGGGAAAUGAUGUCACAGCAUACUGUGGCCAAGUCGUGGGAUAAGAAUGGAUAUCAAAAUAAAUGCUAAAGGUGAAAGCAUCUACUGACUAGUUGAAAUUACGGUCUCAAAUUAAAUAAGGACGCAACAAGAUGUGUAAACUUUGACACUGAAAAUUUGCACGAAACUUCUGGAAGAUUUAACAUUUGGAUUUAAAAAACUUCGAAAUUGAAAAUACAACAACAGGCUAUAAAUUCAGUCAA